CAUAUUACCGAAUUUAAUAUUUCCAUAUAUUUACCCAUUUCCUUUAUUGUAAUCCUUUCCUUUGAUUGAUUCAGAUAUUGCAUAAAAGAUCGAGAAAGUCAGACCCAUUAGUCAGCAAAAAUUAGCGAGAGAUUUCCAUUAAAACCCGCCAAAUUAGCCGCUCAUUUCUUAUCUCUGCAAUCACAGAGAAAAAAGCUUUCAAUUUUUCAGUUUUUGUUACUAAUUUUCUUCUGGCAAACUUGCCCAUUACUUUCUUUCAUCACUGUCGAUGUUUCCAUUGCAUCUCACGGGCACAGCAAUCAACUUGAUGAUAACACCAAAAGGAAUAAAAAAGUCUUAAUUUUCUGUUUUGUCUUAUCCCUUAAAAGUCCCCAUUCUGAUCUUUAUCAGUUGGCCUUGGUGCCCAUUUAUUCUGUUUAACUCCUUUCAGGAAUCACUAGCAGAACCAGAUCCCCUAAUUUAGUUUUCUUUUUCCUUUUGAUUCUUGAAUGGAGAAAUCUGGGUAUGGUAGAGAUGGUAUUUACAGGUCAUUAAGACCUCUUCUUGUUCUUCCUAAAGAUCCCAAUCUUUCAAUGGUUUCAUUUCUUUUUAGAAAUUGCAAUUCUUACCCUCAUAAACCAGCUCUUAUUGAUGCUGAUUUAUCGAAAACCUUAUCUUUUUCACAGUUAAAAUCCAUUGUUAUUAAGGUCUCUCAUGGUUUACUCAAACUGGGUAUCUCUAAAAAUGAUGUUGUUUUGAUCUUUGCCCCCAAUUCUUAUCAGUUUCCUAUUUGUUUCUUAGCUAUUACUUCAAUUGGUGCUAUUGCAACAACUGCAAAUCCUCUUUAUACAACUACAGAAAUCUCCAAACAGAUAAAAGAUUCUAAUCCCAAGUUGGUUAUCACUGUUCCUGAGUUAUGGAACAAAGUUAAAGAUUUUAACUUGCCUGCUGUGUUUUUAGGAGCUAAAGAAUCUUUACUUAUAGAACCCAAUUCGAGAAUCAAAAGUUUUGAUCAUUUAGUUGAGCUCGGAGGGUCUAACUCCGAAUUCCCUACUAUUAAUGUGAAGCAGACUGAUAUAGCUACUUUGUUAUAUUCUUCAGGCACUACUGGAAUUAGUAAAGGUGUGAUUUUGACUCAUGGGAAUUUCAUUGCUGCUUCUCAAAUGAUCACCAUGGAUCAAGAAAUAGCAGGUGAAUUGCAUAAUGUAUUCCUUUGUUUCUUGCCAAUGUUUCAUGUGUUUGGAUUGGCUGUGAUUGCUUACUCACAGCUGCAAACGGGCAAUGCUGUGGUGUCUAUGGGGAAGUUUGAUUUUGAGUUGGUUUUGAAGGCAGUGGAGAAGUAUAGGAUAACCCAUUUAUGGGUUGUGCCUCCUGUGAUACUUGCUUUGGCCAAACAGAGUUUGGUUAAGAAGUAUGAUCUUUCCUCAUUGCAGCAUGUGGGUUCAGGUGCUGCUCCUUUGAGCAAAGAACUGAUGGAGGAAUGUGCCAAGACUAUUCCUCAUGCCGCAAUUGCUCAGGGUUAUGGUAUGACUGAGACUACUGGUAUUGUUUCAGUGGAGAACCCAAGAAUAGGUGUUCGACAUUCAGGUUCAGCUGGAACACUUGCUGCUGGAAUUGAAGCCCAGAUAAUCAGUGUAGAUACUCUGAAGCCUCUUCCUCCAAAUCAGUUAGGGGAAAUUUGGGUACGUGGACCCAAUAUGAUGCGAGGAUAUUUCAAUAACCCACAGGCCACAAAGCAGACGAUCGAUAAAAAGGGUUGGUUACAUACAGGAGAUCUUGGAUACUUUGACGAGGAUGGAAAGCUGUAUGUUGUUGACCGUAUUAAAGAGCUAAUUAAGUACAAAGGAUUUCAGGUUGCACCAGCUGAGCUUGAAGGGCUGCUUGUUUCUCACCCUGAAUUAUUGGAUGCAGUUGUAAUCCCCUUUCCUGAUGCUGAAGCUGGUGAGGUCCCAGUUGCAUAUGUUGUGCGCUCGCCCAACAGUUCACUAACUGAAGAAGAGGUUCAAAAGUAUAUUGCUGACCAGGUUGCGCCUUUCAAAAGAUUACGGAGGGUGACAUUUAUCAACACUGUUCCUAAAUCAGCUUCAGGAAAGAUUCUUAGACGAGAACUCAUCGAAAAAGUAAAAUCCAAGUUGUAAACACAUACCUUGGUUUCUCAUUAUGAUACUUGUAAAACAGAAGCAGCAUAUUAAUGGAGAGGACCCUCAGCUUGAAGUUGCAGAUGUCUCUGCACUAUAUGUUCUGCUUUUCUUCUUGUUUUACAAUAAAAAAGGAGCUGAUUGGUCUUUA